AUUUAAAAUUCAUUGAGAAGGGGAUUGAGAAAAUAUGUUGGAACGAGUAAAACAAAUGGUCAAGACGGGUUAUCACAAAAAAAAUGACCGACAGAUAGCUCCUGAGUCCUGACCCAGGCUGCGCCGUUCGACCGCACCAGCCAGUUCUUCCGAUUGCCCGUUGCCGUGGCACCCUCCUUCCGCCCCGGACACACUCGUCCUACCGCCGUGCCCAGGUGUACUCGCAUUCAACCGGUUAAUCCACUCUCUAAGAGAUUCAGAUGUCUAAUGAUGUGGAAAAAUCAAAAGGCGAAAAUACUACAGAUUCUCUUCAUGCUCCUCCUCCUCCUCCUCUGCCCCAUGAUGUCCAGUCCACAUGGUAUAAUAACUUAUUUCAGCAAGCAUCUGUUUAUGGCGUAGCAGCAGGCUAUUGCAUUUCAGCAUCAUUGUUGUCCAUCAUUAACAAGUGGGCCAUAAUGAAAUUCCCUUACCCGGGUGCCCUAACAGCGCUUCAGUACUUCACAAGUGCAGCCGGAGUCCUCAUUUGUGGGUGGCUCAAAUUGAUAGAACGUGACAAUCUUGAGCUUGUCACCUUGUGGAGAUUCCUACCUGCAGCAAUAAUUUUUUACCUUUCUCUUUUCACAAACAGUGAGCUUCUUCUACACGCCAAUGUUGACACUUUUAUUGUCUUCAGAUCAGCAGUCCCCAUCUUUGUGGCAAUAGGGGAGACCUUAUAUCUCCACCAGCCUUGGCCAACACUAAAGACAUUUUUGUCCCUAGGUACCAUCUUUGCAGGAAGUGUGGUUUAUGUCAUGACAGAUUAUCAGAUCACCCUAACUGCUUAUGGUUGGGCAUUGGCUUACUUGUUGAGCAUGUCUGUUGACUUUGUCUACAUCAAACACGUCGUUAUGACUAUUGGAUUGAAUACGUGGGGCCUAGUGUUGUAUAACAACCUUGAGGCGCUUUUGCUUUUUCCGAUCGAGCUUCUCAUAAUGGGGGAGCUGAAGAAGAUCGAGCAUGAGAUUAGGGACGAGUCAGAUUGGUACAGUCUUCAAGUGGUCUUACCCGUGGCUCUCUCGUGCCUGUUUGGUUUGUCCAUUUCUUUCUUCGGGUUUUCUUGUCGCAAGGCAAUCUCAGCGACCGGAUUCACAGUGCUUGGCAUAGUUAACAAGCUCUUGACCGUCGUUAUAAAUCUUGUCAUAUGGGACAAACACUCAUCCUUUGUUGGGACCGUGGGGCUGCUGAUAUGCAUGUUUGGUGGCAUCAUGUACCAACGGUCGACAACAACCAAUAAACCCAAGGAAGCGGGAGACUCGGGCCCACAAGCGGGGGACGAGGAACAACAAAAGCUGCUCGAAAUGCAGGACAACAGAAAUGGAACCCAAGAUGCAGAAUCCCUAGGAGGAAAGUAGCAAGUUUUUGGAGAUGAACACAAAUGUCAUUCUUUUUGAAAUUUUGUGUUAUAAUGAUUCGUCUGCCAACUGCCAUUGAUUCAGGCGCAUUUGUACAGUCUCAGUUUGAGAGAGCAACAUGAUUCCUUCUGCACGUUUUUAGUUGUCUUCUUGAAGUGUUAAUGAUAUGUAUGGUGAUCAAAUCUGUGUGAAAUGUAAUUUUGCACUUGAAAUGCUACACAUUAUAUGGGUGUUUGGUAACUGGUUGGAAGGAUUUUUUUUUGGUGAAAUAAAAUGGUUGGUAAAGA